AUGGGGGAUACAGUUGUUGUGAAAGCGGACGAUAUGGUAAUCCAACCAAAGAAUUACAUGAGGGGGUAUGUAACGACCACCGUACACUACCUUACGUCUGUUAUAUUUUACAUCUGUUUGAAUUUUCUGAAAAACUAUCCUCUGACACUUAUAGCUUUCUGUAGAUCUCAAAUACUUUCUAGACAAGCGAUCAAAAGUUUUAAGCCAGCUCCUCGUUUUUAUUCUUUAGCUGUUGAAAGAAGUCAAGAAACAGCUACAAACGAUUUCAGCAAUGUCAAUAAUAAACGCAAUAACGAAGCUCAGAUUAGUGCUCUCCGUGCCCGUUUAAAUCUACAAUCGGUAAACAUGGAAACCUUUAAACAAGCUCUCGCCCAUCGAUCCGACCAAAAUGUCAGUCUAGCAUAUAUUGGGCAGUGGGUGUCUACUUUAUGCGUGUCUGAAUAUAUUCACUGUAAAUACCCCAACCUAUUCCCUGAUGCUUUAGAGUCCACUGUUACGGCUUAUAUUGGACAUCAAUCUUUGUCAAACUUGGCAAGAGAAGUUGGAUUGGACUCCACCACUAUAUCGUCAUUUGAUCAGCAGCAGGAUGCGAACAGGGGGUCCAACAGCAAAGCUAAACUUGCUACGAGUGAUUGCAUGCGUGCUCUGAUUGGAGCUAUAUACAAAGAGAAUGGAUUUGAUGCUGCAAAGAAGUUCAUUCAUGACUUCAUCUUAUCGCGUGAAUUCAAUGUUAAUGAUACAAUCAAUUUCAAAGAACCUAAACGUCAUCUAUCAGCUUUGUUGAGAAAGUUAAAUAAGGAGCCUGCUAUAUCAAGAAUUUUAUCAGAAACUGGUAGAGCCUCCUCUUCACCAGUGUUUGUUGUUGGUGUCUUUUCAGGUUCAGAGAAGUUGGGAGAAGGAUUUGGGUAUAACUUAAAAAUGGCAGAAUUUCGCGCUUGCCAUGCGGCUUUAAAUAAGCAUUAUGGCAAAGAAGUGGUAGAUUUCACUCUGCCUUCUGAUGCUGAUAAAGUGACAAAUUAUACUGCGGGCCCAUUAGGUGAUACUCAAGCUAUUCCUUAAUAAACAAAAUAUUAUUGUAUUCAUUUAUCCAUUUGUUAGCUUAUCUAACGAUCUAUACUGUACACAAUUUGCUUUUACUUUUCCGGUCUUUUGUUCACUUAUUUAGAUCCUUUUCACUGCAAAAUAAAUUCCUUCCUGUAAAUUGUAUUGGGAAAAGUUGUGUCAAACCUCCCUAAUUUUUCUCUAACUGUUUAAAGAUGUCAUUUUUCAAUUAUUACCUGUGCCAACCAUUGUGUAUUC